ACCACAAUUUGUCAGCAAAGUAGGCCAAUCAUUAGCCAAAACAAAUGACUUCAUGAUUCCCCUGGGUUUGGAUUAAGGGUAUUUCAGUCAUUCUGGGGAAUGCUUAUUUGGAGUGAAUUUUUUGUUGCUUUUUUCUUUCUCUCUCUCUCUCUCUCUUUCUGGACAAAACCAGUAGCCUCAUGGAAAGAGGAAACCAAACAGGAGCUGGACACUUUCUUCUCCUGGGAUUCACAGGGCCGCCGGACCUGCAGCCUUUCUUCUUUGGGCUGUUUCUGUCCAUGUACCUGGUCACAUUCACUGGGAACCUGCUCAUCAUCCUGGCCGUCAGCUCUGACUCCCACCUCCACACGCCCAUGUACUUCUUCCUCACCAACCUGUCCUUUUCAGACAUCUGCUUCACCUCCACCACUAUCCCAAAGAUGCUGCGCAACAUCCAGACUCAGAGCAAUGUCAUAACCUAUGCAGGAUGCCUUAGCCAGGUAUUUUUUUUCAUUGUGUUUGGAUGCCUGGACAACUUACUCCUGACCGUGAUGGCCUAUGACCGCUUUGUGGCCAUCUGCCACCCCCUGCACUAUAUGUUCAUCAUGAACCCCCAGCUCUGUAGGCUGCUGGCCCUGGGGUCCUGGUGCAUCAGUAUCCUGGUCUCCCUGCUCAUGACCUUGACCCUUUUGAGGCUGUCCUUCUGCACACACACGGAAAUCUCACACUUCUUUUGUGAUCUUCCUGAAGUCCUGAAGCUUGCCUGUUCUGACACACUCCUCAAUAACAUAGUGGUGUAUCUAAUGACCUUUGUCCUAGGUGUUUUUCCUCUCUCUGGAAUCCUCUUUUCUUAUUCUCAGAUUUUCUCUUCCAUCCUGAAAAUUUCAUCUGCCAGGGGCAAGUACAAAGCCUUUUCCACGUGUGGGUCUCACCUCUCAGCUGUCUCCUUGUUCUAUGGCGCAGGCCUUGGGGUCUACCUCAGUUCUGCGGGGACUUCAACCUCUAGGACAAGUCUGGUGGCCUCAGUGAUGUACACGAUUGUCACGCCCAUGCUGAACCCCUUCAUCUACAGUCUGAGGAACAGGGACAUGAAGGGGGCCCUGGGGCGACUCCUCGGCAGGCUUGUGCCUCUCUGUGUUGGGGGACCCUUACGGAAUUCUCAUGAGUAA